UUUCCAUUCAAAUUUACUCUUAUGUUUGACUCUGCAUGCAAUCACAUGCAUGCACUAAAGCUUAAAAAACAGUUCAUGGAACUUCAUGUGUGUCCUAGUUUCCAAGUACGCCUGGGUUAGUUGUUCAUACGCACUAGUGUUAGACAUAACUGCCGCCCAGGAUUUCACGUGACAAAGCACGUUUCAUUAACGUUUAACUGAACAUGGUUUUAGAUUCUGUUUACUUCACACUCUGUCUCUUUAUCUUUGCCUUACUCGGGCUCUCCCUGUCAUUUAUUUUCCAUGUUUGAGCCUUGCACCCUUUAACCUGGACUAAGCUUUAUCUGAUGCCUGUUACUGUGAGAGUGACACCACCACCACUGCAUGUGACAUGGAAAGAGUGCCAAGCAACUGCAGUCAAGUUAUGAAAUUACAACAAGCCACAGGAACUGGCCUACCGGAGAAGCAGGGUGGCUUCAAUUUGAAGACCAAAGCAAACGUCACUUGAGCAGACAAGUACAUCACUUGAAAUAAAUUUGCAGACAUUUGAGUGUUGCAUGAACCAGUGCAGAUCAACAUGGUCUCUGCAGUGAAGGCUCAGACAGUGAGGGCAGCAGCAGCCUCUGAUGCUGGCUAUGCCUGGUUCAUCCUGCUCUCCUGCUUCCUGGUCUUUGGCCUGACGUUUGGGGUCAUUAAGGCCUUUGGUGUAUUCUAUGUUGAAAUAUACCAAUAUUUUGAAGCCACAGCCACGGAAACAUCCUGGAUAACCUCUAUUGCUGUGGCUACCAUUCACUUUGUGGCUCCUGUAGCAUCUGCUCUGAGUGCUCGCUACAGCCAUCGCUCUGUAGUGAUAAUCGGAGGAAUAAUAUGCAGCUUAGGAGUGAUAUUUGGGGCUUUUGCUCGUAACCUGAUUGAACUCUACUUAACAGUGGGGUUCCUAAAUGGUUUUGGUUAUGCAUUGACAUGGACCCCAACAGUGACAAUGGUGGGAAUGUACUUUGAGAAGAAGCGGCCGAUGGCAAACGCUCUGGCCAGCGCUGGAGAGUGCAUCCUGACCUUUGUCCUCACACCCCUUUUCCAGCUGUUGAUUGACAACUACUCCUGGAGGGGUGCUCUGCUAAUACUGGGGGGUCUGCAGCUUAACCUGUGUGUGUGUGGGAUGCUGCUGAGGCCCUUAAAAGCCAGCACAGACGUGACUUGUGAACUCAAAGCAGAGGAGGAGAGUUUGUCCUUGGAACUGCUGCCAAAAGACAAUUCAGAGCAGAGCAAACCAAACUGCCCAGAGGCAGAGGAGCUGAGAACAUUUAAGGAGUCUGACCAUGAGACAAUCCAAGAAUGUUUUGAGAACUCCGAAGAAAUACCUAAUUCAGUCAUUAAAGUAGAAGACUCUCCCAACAGGACUAAAAGCGCUGAAUUAAAGAUCAAAAUCCGUCGCUAUGUUGAUUAUACCCUCAUCGCCAACGCUCAAUUCAUGGUCUACUCAAUGUUUGGGGUGUUUGCUGCACUGGGUUUCUUUGCCCCGGCUCUCUUCCUGGUUCCAUAUGCUCGUAGUAAGGGGAUUGAGGAGUACCAGGCGGCUGCUCUCAUGUCCAUCUCUGCAGUGCUGGACUUGUUUGGAAGGGUGUUCUUUGGCUGGGUGGCAAACUUGAGACUGGUGCAGACGGUGCAGCAGCUGACAGCUACAGUGAUUCUGCUGGGUACUGUGUUACUCCUCUGCCCACUGGCCUCAUCAUUCUCAGAGCUGUCUGCUUUCAGCGCAGCUUACGGCCUGGUGUACGGUGCCACGGUUGCCAUCCACAUCACCGUUCUUGCCGAGGUUGUGGGCGUCCACAGGCUCGGAAGUGCACUGGGGUUCUUCAUGCUCAUACGCAGUAGCGGAGGCUUGCUUGGACCGCCCAUUGCUGGAUUCUUCAUAGACAAGAUGAGUGAUUACGGAACAGGUUUCCUCAUGGCAGGAGUGUCUCUUAUCGUCUCUGCUAUGUUCCUGCUCCUCCUCCAUCAGAUGAACCGCAGGAGUCAGGGGUCACAUAUGCACACGGACAAAAUGGGUGUUGGAGCGGAAGCAAAAGAACUGGACAUGACAUGAAUGUAGAAAAAACAAUUUCUCUGGCUAAUACACAAUGACUUUAGAAAGAUCUGGAUCUCAAGAUCUCAAGACGCAGUCCAAAACUGGAAAAUUAGUGAUGUCUGUGGGAGGUUAUGUGGAGUCAGCAUCACACAGGGUGUCAGGGAUUUAUGAAGUUGGUAAAUGUCUUACAGUCACAUCUGUUCUGUUAAUUAACAAUGGCAGCAAGCACUGAAAAGUACAAAAGUAAAGUCCAUAAAGUGUUCAUUUUGAAUGUUGAACUUACAUUUUAUAAUUUUCUACACUGUAACAACCUAUUGUCAAGAAAACUGCGGAUAUUGUGUAGUUAUGUGGCUCGAGUGAAAAUGUGCCAACAAUGUAACAGCUUUAUGAAUUUUAAUUGGCUUCUUUCAAAAUCACAAGUUCAGAAAUGAAUUCAGAUAGCAUCUGUUUUUUUACAUAACUGUUUCUAAGUCACACUUUGUUAUUAAAUGUUUGUGUUCCUUACA